UUCCCUUCCCUAUCGCGGCUCGCCACUCAGCUCAGGUCACUUUGACAAGCUCGCGCUUCAGCUCUUCUUCCUCCUCCUCCACCGUGCAAUUAGCAUAUUAAUUAGCCCAGGGAUCGGAGUCGGAGUCGGUCGGAGCGUAGCUUAGUCUCGCGCGCAGCCAGGCCAACGCAGCCCAGCCCAGCCCUGGACUCGCCGACGAGCACAGGGAGAGAGAGAUCGAGCCGCCCUACUUGCUGUGGCUGCUGUGUUUCCCGGCGGGGAGGCCCCGCACUCGGGGGCGGCCUUGCCCAACGACUGGGAUCUCUCUCAGAGCAGCGGAUGCCAGGACCCGCCGAGCGGGCACGUCGCACCUUUGCUGCGCCAGGUCGGGCAUGUGAAGAUGUCAGUAGGCUGUGCAUGCCCAGGCUGUUCCUCUAAGUCAUUCAAGCUGUACUCUCCAAAGGAGCCCCCAAACGGCAACGCCUUCCCCCCGUUUCACCCAGGCACUAUGCUGGAUCGAGAUGUGGGACCAACUCCUAUGUAUCCACCAACGUACCUGGAGCCAGGGAUUGGGAGACACACACCAUAUGGAAACCAGACUGACUACAGAAUAUUUGAACUCAACAAGAGGCUGCAAAACUGGACAGAGGAAUGUGACAAUCUGUGGUGGGAUGCCUUCACCACUGAGUUUUUUGAGGAUGAUGCCAUGUUAACAAUCACCUUCUGUCUAGAAGAUGGACCAAAGAGAUACACAAUCGGCCGUACCCUAAUUCCUCGCUACUUCCGCAGUAUCUUUGAGGGAGGCGCUACUGAGCUAUAUUAUGUUCUGAAGCACCCAAAGGAAUCCUUCCAUAACAACUUUGUUUCACUUGACUGUGAUCAGUGUACUAUGGUCACUCAGCAUGGCAAGCCUAUGUUCACCCAGGUGUCUGUGGAGGGCCGCCUCUACUUGGAAUUCAUGUUUGAUGACAUGAUGAGGAUAAAGACAUGGCACUUCAGUGUCCGGCAGCACCGGGAACUUAUUCCCCGUAGCAUUCUUGCUAUGCAUGCGCAAGAUCCCCAGAUGUUGGACCAGUUGUCCAAAAACAUCACUCGGUGUGGACUUUCAAACUCCACACUCAACUACCUCCGACUGUGUGUAAUCCUAGAACCAAUGCAGGAGUUGAUGUCCCGGCACAAGACCUACAGUCUCAGUCCUCGGGAUUGCCUCAAGACGUGCUUGUUCCAGAAGUGGCAGCGUAUGGUGGCACCACCUGCUGAGCCUGCACGUCAGCAGCCUAGUAAGCGCCGGAAAAGGAAGAUGUCUGGAGGUAGCACCAUGAGUUCCGGUGGAGGCAAUACCAACAAUAGCAACAGCAAGAAGAAGAGCCCAGCCAGCACCUUUGCCCUCUCCAGUCAGGAUGUGAUGGUGGUGGGCGAGCCAACCCUGAUGGGUGGGGAGUUUGGCGACGAGGAUGAGCGCCUUAUCACACGACUGGAGAACACACAGUUUGACGCUGCCAAUGGCAUUGAUGAUGAGGACAGCUUCAACAACUCUCCCGCGUUGGGCGCCAACAGCCCCUGGAACAGCAAGCCCCCUUCCAGUCAGGAGAGCAAGUCUGAGAAUCCAACGUCGCAAGCAUCACAAUAAAGCCCCAAAACCAGUGCCCAGUGGGGCCUAUACUUGACUUGGCUGGUGCCCCCAUGGACUGAGUCGAAACCGUUCUACCUGGACAAUUGUGAAGAAGAGUGGCUGGCCGACAAGGUAUCAGGGCCUAUGGGCACUGCAGCGCCUGCCUGCCUACAGUUAGCCUGGCCACGAUUCCCUGCUGUCUGCACUCUUGGCUGUGCCCUUUAGGGCAGAAUUGGAACAGUGGGCUUCUAGUCCCAGCAGAAUUUUAAUUCCUUCUCCCUCCCUGUCCAUGCAUCCAGUGCCCUGGACACCACAAGCAACACUGUUAUGGGAUGGUAUUCCAUAGCAGCCCCUUAGCGCCUCAAAGUUUUGCUGGAGCAGCAUGGAGUACCUUGGGAGGCCACAGGACUGAGUGCUUAAGAUGGGCAGGAAAAAUCUGGCCUAAGCUCCCUUUUAUCAGUCAGUUUCAUAUCAGGCAUCGAGAGGGUUCCAUUUUAGCAGGAGAGUCUAACAGAGUCUUGUGGACAAUGUCAUGACUCACAUUUGGGGCAGCUAUGAUUUUUGUGGGUUGAUUCUUAAGCAGUUCAUCUUGACUGUCAUAGAGAUGGCAGAGCAAUGAUUCUGCUUUGCCUGAAGAGCCCAGAAAACCAAUAUGGCAGGAGAUAAUGUGGGGUUUUAAAUUUUCUGGAAUGCAUUAGAAAAAUAUUCUGCAGCUAACAUGGAAGGGCACCUGUCCUUUUGGUCACAUCUUUAGGCAUGGGCUGUUUUGCCCCCACCUGCUCCUAAAGGAAACUGCAGUCCUCGUACAUACCCUACCCUCAGUAUUUUGGGCUUUUUUAAAGAAAUAAAAUAAAAUUGUAAGUUUAAAAAAAUCUGCCCUCCCUCCCUGUUUCCCCCAAUCCUGAUUUUUGUACAGGCUUGUCUACUAAUUGGGAGUCUUAGUUUUUGUAUACAGUUCUGAGAGCUUCAAACCAAGGAGAGACUUUGCAGACUUCCUUUAUACACUCCUUUGAGGACAGCAUGGCUGCCCCACUUGCCCCCUCUGUGUAAUUUGUGUGUGCUGCUGUUCCUGCUCCACUCUCCUCUACCAUAACCGUCCCCUUUCAAGUUUGUGUACCUCGUGCUUGUAUAUUUCUGCGCUGUAUGCUGUGCGUAUGAUGCUGUCCUUUCACUGUGUUCUCACUAAGGCAGCCACUCCCAUUACUAGUGGUGGUGAGGGGGGGAGAGUUGAUUGUGAUGGGUGUCCUUCUUGGGAGGCAGGAGAGUUCAGAGAGUACUGUCACCAAUUUACAGCAGUGCAGAACUACAGAAAUGGGGCUGAAGAUAUGGCAUCUGGGGAAGCAUUUUGCUAAGGAAAGGUGAUUGUUUCUUCUCUUUAUGGAAUGGUCUCUAGGAAACCAUUGUCUACCCAGACAGAUCCAUUUUUAUUCGAAAUGCUGGUACUUAAUCCCCAAGGAAGCAAACCCACCUUCCUACCUUCCAAUGUUCUUCCUUGAUGCCUAGUUUUAUCCUGUACAUCUUGGAGAGAAAAGAUGCUUUAUGUCACAGAGGCCUCAAAGUUGCCACAUGUGAGGCAUGGUUUUCCAUUUUUGAGAGGAGUGCAAAAUAACUUUUAAAAUAUUUUGGCCACCUCAUGGCAUACAGUAGACUGAUUGUGAGGGUGAUUGCAUUUAGGGGGACAAAGUCUGUACUGUCAUGGCACAAUACUUUUUUACCUUACUUAGGCUGUUCCUUCAAGAUGAUCUCUAUCUGCAAAGAUUUUUUUUCCCUUAGCAGCAGCAUUGUCAUCAGUUUGCCUAGAGCUGCAAGUUUUGGCCAUGAUUUGUCUAGUGCUGUGGGAAGAAUUUCCUUCCAAGUCAUGCUCUGGAAUCUCAGAUAUUAUUCUCUGCUCUGAUGGAGCCCAGUUGGAUGAACCUGAGAUAUAUUCAUGGCGGUCUGGUCACUUUUGUAUUACUGGGCCCAGGUCCUCCAUCCUGCUCUGCUCCCUGCAGGCAGGUAAUUAUAGCAGCCAGUAGUGUAAUUUACAAGGCAUUGGUUUUUUCUGUAUCCUUUUCCUAAGUAAAAAUAUGAGUGUCACGUCCUCCGCUGCUGUGGCUCAGCAUGAACUGAUGACGUGUACUCUAUCAGCUCUCUCCACCUUGUCCCUUCCCACCUCCCUGGGGCACUGUAAAGCUUUUUUUUUUUUUGCAUAGUUUGUGCCAUUUAUGGUCAUGUAUGGUACCAAUAAAACAACUUUUCGGUUUGGUGCUCUCCUUCCAGUGUCAUUUCUCAUCUGGGUCUUGAGAAAGGGGAUCUGUUCUUCCAUGUGGGUUCUAGCCAUCAGAGUUCUGUGGUUAGGCUGAAGUAAACAGCUGAUAUGAUGGCAUUCAAGGACUAACACUUGUUCUCUGCUGCCAGCAUCUCCCAGUUUUAAAUUGUGAUCCUUGUUUCCCACUUCCCUUUCCAUUUCUACAGAACUGUGUGUGCUGAUACAAAGCUUUCUGGAAUCUGUGCACCAAGCAACUGAGAAAUCUUGAGCACAUCUAAAAGUAACAGAAAAGUUUCUGCAGCUGAAGAACAAGUGUUCUUGUGUGGAAAGGGGAAAGAAAUAUCACAGAGAAGCUGAGCCAUGCUCUUCCUACAUCUGCAGGAGGGGAGGCAGCCAGGCAGUUUGCAGCUCAAAUAUGGUUGCAUUGUCAACUGUUUGACUAACAGAAAGUAGGGUGAACAAAUUUGGUAGAGGUCAUGAAUGUCAUAGAAAAUGAGUUGGUUUGGUAGUUGGGACAUUUUAUCUCCAACAGGGGUUUCCUUUAUUACUGAUUAAGCCCCAAUCACUGAUGUCAUAUUGGGAUAGGGAGGCGGGGAGAAAAGCUAGCCAUUUGUUUAGCAUUUGCAAUGCAUGAGAAGAGAAGGAAUGAUGUCAGAAUUGUUUCCGCCUCACUAGCCAAGGGAACUUCAGCAUUAUAUUAGCCUGCAUUUUCCCUUCCUCCAUUUUGUAAGCUACCAGAAAAUAGACACUGUAAUGUUAGAAAGAUCAGUCACAAAUGUUAAUACCUGUGUCUUUCGAAACUAUUGUAAUCGUAUGCCAUAUUUCAUUCUUGGAACCAAACUUUGCAACAUUAAAGAGAGACAAGGCUUUGGCUA